UCAGGCCGCCCCCGAUUUCCGAUCUUCGAGGAAAGAUGAGCGCCUCACUCGCCAGUAGAGCCGCCGCUCUCCUAGUCCCACAGACGCAGCCGCCGUCAUCGUCGACAUUGCCAUCGCCAUCCUCGUCGCCGUCUCCACCACCUUCGUCGCAGUCCUCGGACUCCCUGCAACAACGAAAAGCCCCGGUGAGACAGUUCGCACCGAGUUUCGGAAGCAGCAGGAGUCUCACCUUAUCGCUGAAACGACCCGCCGAGGUGACUGUGCCGGAGGAAGAACCGCCGCUCAAACGAGCCGCUAUUCCCGACGAAGCAACACGUCGGACUACUGAAGCAAGGCGAGAAGACGCCGACGGAGAAACGGGAGACGAAACGACGCCCGAGAUGAUGCCAGCCCUCACCCGGAUCCCAUCUGCCUCUUCGACCCUGCCGCGGGUCCAUCGCCUCACCUUGCGCACCGUCACAGCGCCGGGUCUCGAUAUAACCCGACUGGGUGACGUCAGGGCGAUGACGACCCUGGUGUGCUGCGAAGUGUCGGCCGGGCGGCCGCGCGACGGCCUCAAACUCGCGCUGAACAGGAGCCUGAGCGAACCGGGCCCGCCGACGGAGCACCUCGGCGCCUCGACGUCGCUCUACCCGACGCUUCCGUCGCCCUGCAGCGCCCCGCCUAAGCGGUGCAAGAUGGAGACCGUCAGCCUCCCGACGAGCCCCUGCGCCGAGAGCGGGACCCUGCAGCGGUCCCUCGUCCUCCAGCACGCGGUCGCCCUGGGCCCCGGGGAGCUGGCCCGCCGGCUGGAGAGGAACAACGCCGGGGGCCUUGUGCUGCUCGAUUGCCGGCCCUUCAUCGCCUACAACGUCAACCACAUACGAGGGGCGAUAAACAUCAACUGUUCGGACCGCUUCAAUCGGCGCCGACUCCAGCAGGGAAAGGCCACCCUUGCCGACCUGGCGACCGCCCGCGAGGGCAAGGAGUUGCUGAGGAAACGGUCCUUCAAGGAGGUCGUCGUCUACGACGACUCCACCGCUGAUCUGGAGCAUCUGCCCGUCCAGCAUCCCCUUUUUCUCGUGCUCACCGCCCUCGUCGAAGACAACAGGGAGCCUGCUUUGCUUCUCGGUGGUCACAAAGAAUUUCACAGGCGGCACAGAGAGCUCUGCGAAGACACGCUACUUCCGCCGAGUGGUUCCGCCGCCGCAUCUUCCGCGGUUAGCGGAUGUCCGAGUCCCGGACCGGGAUGCCCGAUGCUGGGUGGACCGCCGACGCCGCAGCCCGCCGACAUAGACAACCACCCCGCGUCGAGGGUGUUGCCGUUCCUUUACCUCGGCAACGGCCGCGAUGCGGCCGACCUCCAGCUCCUCAGAGCCCUCGGGGCUACCCGCGUUCUCAACGUCACCUCCCAGCUUCCUGGGUACCACGAAGAACGCGGGAUCACCUACCGCCAAAUACCCGCCUCCGACUCCGGCCACCAAAACCUCAAACAGUACUUCGAGGAGGCCUUCGACUUUAUCGAAGAAGCGCGUAAAACCGGAAGUAGCGUGCUGGUGCAUUGUCAGGCGGGAGUAUCGAGGAGUGCGACGAUAGCGAUAGCGUACAUAAUGCGUCACAAGCAGAUGUCGAUGGUGGAGGCGUACAAGUUGGUGAAGAUGGCGCGGCCGAUAAUAAGUCCGAACUUAAACUUCAUGGGACAGCUUUUGGAGCUUGAGCAAGGUCUUCGGGCAGCCGGUGGAGUCGGAGCGCCUCAAGAGGAACCGAAGAGUUGCCAUCAAUGCAGAUGGAGUCAUCAGCAGAACAGCGAGGAGGUAACGUCGGGCUGCAGCGUAUGAGAAUAUAAGCUGCGUUCGGGGCUUGUUUUCGAAGGGAACACGCCGCCUCGAAUUAUUGAACAAAUCUUACAGUUACUGCACAUGGCCGCUUAAUAAGAGUUAAGAGACGACGGUGAUUUGGACAGGGAGUGGUACACGUGACGGAUGAUCGGGAGUGGGAGUACGAGAUGAGAGAAUCUAAUAAUAAGAGAAACGAGGGGAGAAGAAGAUUAUAAAGAGAACGAGGGAGGAGUGGAGUGAAGGAAAAGCGUCAGAACUACCUUACCUUAAUAUACCUACAUGAACUACAUAUCCGGGAUCGCGUUUGUGCGAAAAACGCUAAACCUUGAGCUAAAUAUGUGCCUUGUUCGCCUAAGAACCGAAAGGCUGAUCACUAUUAAUUUAUUAGCGAGAAAGCGAGUAUAUGUGAAAGACAAAAAAAUAAAGAGGAAAAAAUAAACGAUUGGAAGAAGUGACUAUAUGGGGAGAUGGAAGAACCACAUUUGCCUUCUAGAUAACAAGAUACAAGAUACAAGAGACGAGAUUGAAAAAAAGGAAGAGAGCGAGAGAGAGAGAGAGAGAUAUAAAGGGGCGAUUGCGUGCGUGUUUAAAGUAUAAUGUGAGUGACGUAUCACGCGCGCCAAGACGCGUUAUACCUUAUAUGAUAAUAUGUAAUUUAUUGAAUGAAAAAUGAUACGAGGAAGAGAAAAGUUGUAAGAGAAAUAACGUAGUGAAAAAUAGAAAACGAUUACUGAAGUCUGUUCAAAAAAUGGGAAAAAAAACAAAAAAAAAAACAAAACAAACAAAAAAAAAAGAUUACCAAGUAAAAUAUUUUUUAAAAGUAAAUUAUGUUUGGUAUGUGAAAUGAAUGAUUGCAACACCACCAAUUGUGUCAAUAGACGGUGACACAAAAGAAGGGUAGCCAAAACGGUGCAGCGGUGUGGCUGCUGUACGAUUAGAUUCGUGAUUGAGCAAUCAAAAAAGUUCAGAAAGAUUACUAGGAUCAUUUGAUUUUUGGCAGAAAUUAGAGUUCGGAAAUAUAGACGUCAAUUACGUUUAGAUAUUUUUCCAAACCGAUGGAAUUCGUGAAAAUCCAGAAGCACAUUGAAUUCCUCAAUUGAAAUUCAUAAAUCAUACUUUUACACGAGCUUCGACCCGUUUUCAUGACGAAUAUUUCCUCACUCUGAUUCUAAGCCGAAAUUUUUUUCUUUGAUACUUUCUAAAAGAUCGAUCAAACCAAUUCGCAUUUCGCAAACACACCGUACUAAAAAAAUUUAAGAAAGGGAUUAAUUAUAUGCAGAGGUACUUAUUGAUAAUUAUAUUGUUAUAUACGUAGAAAGAUGUGCCAGUUGAACAAAGCUUCUACCUGCUGCCACGAAUCGUUACAGCUACAAUACAU